GAACCUGGGACAGUGUCAGAUGGAGACAGAGAAACACCAGAAGAAGCUGGAGGUCAUGACCAAGGAGUUGUACAGGCUUCAGGCGUCCUCGGAGAAGCAGAUAACGGAACUCCAGGCCCAGAAUGCUGAGCAGCAGGCCAGACUACAGACCUACGAGAAACUGGAGCAGGAGCUGGACGACGUCACCAUGCAGGCUGCUGAAAUUGAUAAUGAGGAGGAAGCAGAGAGAGUUCUGUUCUCCUACGGUUACGGUGCCAACGUUCCCACAACCGCCAAGAGACGACUCAGGCAGAGUGUCCAUCUGGCCCGUAGACUGUUGCAGCUGGAGAAACAGAACACACUGCUGAGGAGAGAUCUGGAGAGACGCAACACACACACAGGACAGAUCUCUGAGGAGCUGGAAGCAGCUAACCGUCUCCUACAGCAGGCCCAGCAGCCCUACAGUUACCUGAUCGACACGGUGAGACAGAGAGACACACAGAUACUGUCCCUCAGAGAACGUAUCACACAGCUGGAGGAGGACACCAGAUCUCUGAGGAAAGAGAAGACGUCUCUCCAACAGGUGAAGAACAAUAUGGCCUCCGACCUGGAGCGACUGCUCAACCACCGAGAGGAGUUAUCUGUGAUGAAGCAGGUUCUGCUCAGUAUGAGGUCCAGAAAGACUGAGCCCUUCCUGGAUCCUGACGGGGCUGGGACGGGGCUGGCCUUCAGCAGACCCAAAAACCUCAGCAGAACCACAGAGGAGGAUGAGCAGAACCCUCACAGACACAGACCCAAACCCACCGUCUUUACAGGGAAGAGUGAGCUGGAUAAGUACCUCUCCCCCCAGACACCACUCCUGAUGCCCCAUCCUGACCCUCCAGAGCAGAACAAGUCUCGGCGGGACAGCGCCUCCGUGAUGGAUCACUGCUUUGGCGACGACCAGGGCGGAUCUCCUUACAGCAUCAACAUGAACGUCUUCCUGCCCGACCUGGCCUACCUGAGGAUGGGCUUGUGUCGGCCGGCACGCCCGGGGCCUGGGGGUAACGGUGGAGGCAUGGGCCAGCAGGUCAAAACAGAACCCUCUGCCUCCUCUCCCUUCGCCCAUCCUCGCCCUCACUGCCCCAGCAGUAGCGUCCACAGUAACAGCAUCAGCCUUUCCACGGUAACGUCGGUUUCUUCUUCGUUACCGGAGUUCACUAGCGUGUUCAGCCCGUCCGGUGGUGGUGACCCGACCUCUGACGCCGUGGCAACGGGCGGUUCUGUUUACGUGAAGGAGGAGCUGGGGUCGUUCGAUCUGCCUCACGACGACUCUCUGUUCCAGCUGCUCUCUGCGGAGCUGGACUCCGCCCCUUUUGCGCCCAUGCAUCACCACGGCAACCAUGUUCAUCACCGGGCGGGGCAGCAUCACGGAGGUUCCGGUCCCUCGCCCGUCAUGCACACCUUCCACGACCUACACUUAGCCGCCCAGGCCCAGCAGCAACACCAACAACUACAGAGUGCCAAGGCAAGCUACUGUGGUGGGCUGCACAGCGUGGGAGGGGCCUACCCUCACCCUCACUUCCUCCAGCAGCCCCAGCACCAUCAGGCCAAGGCCCCCUACCUGCCCCCCUCUCCUCCCAGCUCAGAGCCCAGCUCCCCAGAUCGUCAGAAGGACCUCCUUCAGAACCUCUCCCCUCCCCCUUCCUAUGCCGCCACUAUCGCCUCCAAGCUGGGAGUCAGCGUCUCCCCCAGUCUCUCCCCCACCGGUGUGGCUCGGCCCCCAGCCUCAAGUCUAACUCCAGCCCCAGGCUCCGGCCCAGCUCCAAGCCUGAACCAGUCCAUGCAGGUCCGCUACAACCGCAGGACCAACCCAGACCUGGAGAAGAGGAGGAUACACCACUGUGACUUCCCAGGAUGUAAGAAAGUCUACACCAAGUCUUCCCAUCUGAAAGCCCACCUGAGGACCCACACUGGUGAGAAGCCGUACAGGUGUUCGUGGGAUGGAUGUGACUGGCGUUUCGCCCGUUCUGACGAGUUGACUCGUCACUUCAGGAAACACACAGGGGCCAAACCGUUCCAAUGCUCUGUCUGCUCUCGCUCCUUCUCCCGAUCGGACCACCUGGCCCUGCAUAUGAAGAGGCACCAGAACUAACACACAAAACACUAGCUUCAAUCACUCACACAACACUAGCUUCAAUCACUCACACAACACUAGCUUCAAUCACUCACACAACACUAGCUUGAAUCACUCACACAACACUAGCUUCAAUCACUCACACAACACUAGCUUGAAUCACUCACACAACACUAGCUUCAAUCACUCACACAACACUAGCUUCAAUCACUCACACAACACUAGCUUGAAUCACUCACACAACACUAGCUUCAAUCACUCACACAACACUAGCUUGAAUCACUCACACAACACUAGCUUGAAUCACUCACACAACACUAGCUUGAAUCACUCACACAACACUAGCUUGAAUCACUCACACAACACUAGCUUGAAUCACUCACACAACACUAGCUUCAAUCACUCACACAACACUAGCUUCAAUCACUCACACAACACUAGCUUGAAUCACUCACACAACACUAGCUUGAAUCACUCACACAACACUAGCUUGAAUCACUCGGACAUGCACUCAAAUCAGGAAACGUUCAACCUAAACUGUACAGUGGUACAACACCACUUUCCUGGAAGAUACCCUAUAGUCUUUAUCUUGGCCAGGUCGCAGUUGUAAAUGACAACUCAACUGGCCUACCUGGUUAAAUAAAGAUGAAAUAAAAUUAAAUAAGUCUUAGACCAGUGGCUCCCAAACUGUGGGCAGGGACCCUGUUUUAGACUACAGUAUAACUUAUUAU